AUGUCUUCCACGAAACCUAUUCUACUACACCUCGGCGGCGACAUCCGAUGGAAUCAUGACCUAUACAGACAGCUCUCCACCAAAUUCACAAUUAAGCGCAGCCAUAGCAUGGACCGCGCCACUUUCAAGGCUGCUCUGCAAUCUCACCAGUUUGGCGAUUUCGUUGCCAUGUACCGGCCCUUCUGGAACACGGGAGGCGAAAUGGGCAAUUGGGACAAAGAACUUAUCGCUCUGCUACCCAGGUCUUGCAAGAUAUAUGCCUCUGCAGGCGCCGGCUUCGAUUGGGUGGAUACAUGUGCAUUGGCUGAGCGUGGCAUUGUGUACUGUAAUGCUGCUGCCGCCUGCACCGAGUCAGUUGCAGACGCCGCCAUCUGGCUGAUUCUGUCUUCUUUUCGCAAAUUCACUUGGUCCGCACGCGCCGCACGUAGUUGCUCCGUGGAACAGUUCAAGGAUGCCAACCAGAACAUUGCAGCCGUCACACAUAAUCCAAACGGCUUUUCGUUGGGUGUGAUCGGACUGGGAAGAAUCGGAUAUAGAAUCGCACAGAAGGCCACGGCAGCGUUAGAGAUGAAGAUUCUAUACAAUGAUAUACGGCGAAUGCCCGAAGACAUUGAGAAGAGUGUCGGCGCAAAGUUCUUCGAGAAUCUUGACGAUAUGCUUGGAGAGGCGGAUUGUGUGCUUGUUGCCACGCCCUUCGCCGGUGAUAAACUGAUGGGUCCCCAGAAUAUCGCGAGGAUGAAGCAUGGCGCCCGCCUGAUCAAUAUUGCGAGGGGAAAGCUGAUUGACGAGCCUGCGUUGGUGGCUGCCUUGCAGAGUGGCCACCUAUAUGCUGCUGGACUUGACGUGCAUUUCGAUGAGCCGCUGGUCAACCCAAAGCUGGCGGCUAUGGACAACGUUGAAGUGCUCUGUCAUACAGCUGGCGCUUCAGUGGAGUCGCACGUCGGCUUCGAGAAGCUAGGCAUGCAGAACAUCAUGAGCUUCUUCGAGACUGGAAGUGCGGUCUCACCAGUCAAUCUGCAGUGGCUGAAGACGUCAAAGCUAUGA